UACAUUAGUACACACCGGAGAGAGACCUCAUAAGUGCACUAUAUGUGGAAAUUCUUUCCAAACCAGUGGCCAUAUGAAGAGACAUACAUUAGUGCACACAGGAGAGAGACCUCAUAAAUGCACUAUAUGUGGAAAAUCCUUCCAAACCAGUGUCCAUAUGAAGAAACAUACAUUAAUUCACAUAGGAGCAAUACAUGUGGAAAAUCAUUUACAAUCAAAAAGAUUUGUGAAGAAACAUACAUCAAUUCACACCCAAGAAUUUAAUCAGGGGGAGUUUCGAUGAUGAAAAACAUUUAAAAAACAAGAGGCAAUAGAUUUGAAGAGGAAAAGGAACUUCAAUAAUUCAUGUAGCAAAAAAAAAAAACUGAAUCUGCAAAGUAUUAUAAAUACUUAAAACAACAGAUAAAAAGAUUAAGUUUUUACUACACUAAAAGUACAAAUGAAAAAGAGGCAAUAGAUUUGAAGAGGAAAAGGAACUUCAAUAAUUCAUGUAGCAAAAAAAAAAAAAAUUAAUCUGCAAAGUAUUAUAGAUACUUAAAAUAGCAGUUAAAAAGAUUAAGUUUUUACUACACUAAAAGUACAAAUGAAAAAGAGGCAAUAGAUUUGAAGAGGAAAAGGAACUUCAAUAAUUCAUGUAGCAAAAAAAUUAAUCUGCAAAGUAUUAUAGAUACUUAAAAUAGCAGUUAAAAAGAUUAAGUUUUUACUACACUAAAAGUACAAAUGAAAAAGAGGCAAUAGAUUUGAAGAGGAAAAGGAACUUCAAAAAUUCAUGUAGAAAAAAAACAAUCUGCAAAGUAUUAUAGAUACUAAAAACAACAGUUGAAAAAGUUUUUACUACACUAAAAGUACAAAUGAAAAAGAGGCAAUAGAUAUGAAAAGGAAAAAGAACUUCAAUAAUUCAUGUAGCAAAAAAAAUUUAAUCUGCAAAGUAUUAUAGAUACUUAAAACAACAGAUAAAAAGAUUUAAGUUUUUACUACACUAAAAGUACAAAUGAAAAAGCGGCAAUAGAUUUGAAGAAAAAAAGAAACUUCAAUAAUUCAUGUAGCAAAAAAAAAACUGAAUCUACAAAGUAUUAUAGAUACUUAUAACAACAGUUAAAAAGAUUAAGUUUUUACUACACUAAAAGUACAAAUGAAAGAGAGGCAAUAGAUUUGAAGAAGAAAAGAAACUUCAAUUCAUGUAGCAAAAAAGAUAAUUUACAUAUGCAAAGUAUUAAAGAUACUUAAAACAACGGUUAAAAAGAUUAAGUUUUUACUACGCUAAAGGUACAAAUGAAAGUAAGUCAUUUACUAAGUAAAACUUGAAUUUUAAUUAAUGGCUGAUGCAUUACUAUUGGAAAAUAACAUGAAACUUAGAAAUCAUUUUUUCUUUUAAAUAAGUCAACUAAUUUAUUAUGAUUGAAUAUAAAAGUCAAGAAAAAUGCCUCAAGUAGGCUAUGUUGUAUUGUAUUUAAUAAACAUAACAAUAUUUGAGCAAAAGGUUGAUCAAAUUUGAUUAAUACACAUAACUGUUAAACACCAAAUCCUACAAAAAAAAGACAUAAAAAGCCAGCUGACUAAUUCCAAUUAGUUUCUAGCUUGUCUAAUAAGUUAUAAGUAGGAAAUUGAAAACAAAAAAUGUUUAAGGUCACUAAAAAGCCUCGCCCUAAGUGUCCAAUAUGUAGAAAAAUUAUUUCAACUCUAUCAAGAAUGAAGUCUCAUAUAUACUUACACACUGGCGAGCGUCCCUUUAGAUGUUUAACAUGUGAGAAAACAUUUAUUAAGCUAUUUCAUGUUAAGAAUCAUUUGUUAAUUCAUUCUGAUAAGCGUCCUUAUAAGUGCACUGCAUGUGGAAAAUCCUUCUCAAGCAGUAGUAAUAUGAAGAUACAUACAUUAUUACACAACAGAGAGAGACCUCAUAAGUGCAACAUAUGUGGAAAAUCCUUCCGAACCAGUGGCAGUAUGAAGAAACAUACAUUAAUUCACAUAGGAGAGCGACCGCAUAAGUGCAGUACAUGUGGAAAAUCCUUCUCAAGCAGUAGUAAUUUGAAGGAACAUACAUUAGUGCACACCGGAGAGAGACCUCAUAAGUGCACUAUAUGUGGAAAAUCCUUCACAACCAAUGUCAGGUUGAAGAAACAUACAUUUGUGCACACAGAAGAGAGACCUCAUAAGUGCACUAUAUGUGGAAAAUCCUUCUUAACCAGUGGCAGUAUGAAGAAACAUACAUUAGUACACACCGGAGAGAGACCUCAUAAGUGCACUAUAUGUGGAAAAUCCUUCCAAACCAGUAGCGUUAUGAAGAAACAUACGUUAGUGCACACCGGAGAGAGACCUCAUAAGUGCACUAUAUGUGGAAAAUCCUUCCAAACCAGUGGCGAUAUGAAGAAACAUACAUUAGUACACACCGGAGAGAGACCUCAUAAGUGCACUAUAUGUGGAAAAUCCUUCACAACCAGUAGCCAUAUGAAGAUACAUACAUUAGUACACACAGGAGAGAGACCUCAUAAGUGCACUAUAUGUGGAAAAUCCUUCCAAACCAGUGGCGAUAUGAAGAAACAUACAUUAGUACACACCGGAGAGAGACCUCAUAAGUGCACUAUAUGUGGACAAUCCUUCAAAACCAGUGACUAUAUGAAGAUACAUACAUUAGUACACACAGGAGAGAGACCUCAUAAGUGCACUAUAUGUGGAAAAUCCUUCUCAAACAGUGGCAAUAUGAAGAAACAUACAUUAGUACACACCGGAGAGAGACCUCAUAAGUGCACUAUAUGUGGAAAAUCCUUCCAAACCAGUAGCGUUAUGAAGAAACAUACGUUAGUGCACACCGGAGAGAGACCUCAUAAGUGCACUAUAUGUGGAAAAUCCUUCAAAACCAGUGACUAUAUGAAGAUACAUACAAUAGUACACACAGGAGAGACUCCUCAUAAGUGCACUAUAUGUGGAAAAUCCUUCUCAAACAGUGGCAAUAUGAAGAAACAUACAUUAGUACACACCGGAGAGAGACCUUAUAAGUGCACUAUAUGUGGAAAAUCCUUCCAAACCAGUGACCAUAUGAAGAUACAUACAUUAGUACACACAGGAGAGAGACCUCAUAAGUGCACUAUAUGUGGAAAAUCCUUCUCAAACAGUGGCAAUAUGAAGACACAUACAUUAGUACACACCGGAGAGAGACCUCAUAAGUGCACUAUAUGUGGAAAAUCCUUCCAAACCAGUAGCGUUAUGAAGAAACAUACGUUAGUGCACACCAGAGAGAGACCUCAUAAGUGCACUAUAUGUGGAAAAUCAUUCAAAACCAGUAGCAGUAUGAAGAAACAUACAUUAGUACACACAGGAGAGAGACCUCAUAAGUGCACUAUAUGUGGAAAAUCCUUCUUAACCAGUGGCAGUAUGAAGAAACAUACAUUAGUACACACCGGAGAGAGACCUCAUAAGUGCACUAUAUGUGGAAAAUCCUUCAAAACCAGUAGCCAUAUGAAGAUACAUACAUUAGUACACACAGGAGAGAGACCUCAUAAGUGCACUAUAUGUGGAAAAUCCUUCCAAACCAGAGGCCAUAUGAAGAUACAUACAUUAGUACACACAGGAGAGAGACCUCAUAAGUGCACUAUAUGUGGAAAAUCCUUCCAAACCAGUGGCGAUAUGAAGAAACAUACAUUAGUACACACCGGAGAGAGACCUCAUAAGUGCAUCAUAUGUGGAAAAUCCUUCCAAACCAGUAGCGUUGUGAAGAAACAUACGUUAGUGCACACCGGAGAGAGACCUCAUAAGUGCACUAUCAAAUAAAGGCAUACAAAUGUACGAUUUCCAUGAUAAUAUAAAAUAUAGUCUAAGAUAUGGAAUAAAACAAAUGAUAGACGUAAUAACAUUGUAUGCUAUAGGCUAUACAGCGGUUUGUUAUCAUUCUUGUCAUCUGAAAACCAUUCUAAAUACACCUAAACACAUUUUUGUGCUAGGACUACAAAAAAUGUGUUUGAAACCAAUGAAUUCCACUAAUAAAUCUACUUUUAGAAAUGUAUUAAAAUGUACUGUAAACGUAAACAAGAGAAAGUGUUAAACGCUGUACAUAAACACUCUGAAUACUCUCACAUAUGGCUUUAGGCUAGAUAAUAUAUGUAGUUUCAAAGGCUAUAUUUAAGCGUUUGCAAGAAAAAAAUAUCAAAGCCUUUACUUUAUGCUUUAAGAGCUUGUGCAUUAUAUGAUUUACACAAGUGGUAAGAGAUUAGUUACUAUACUAAAUCACAUUUACAUUAAGUCUUUAUAGUAUAUUCACAAAAAAUAAAAACAAACUAUUUAAAGAAAGAACAUUUUAAUCUUGAUGCCAUCUCAACACUUACACAAAACAUCAUAACAACAACGUUUACCAUGCUUUCAACAAGACGAUGAAUAAAAUACCAUUAAACAUAUGAUCCAAUAUCACACUUCUCCCCCUUCAGAUAAAGCUCCACUUCUCUUACGUAGUUGGUCUGCGUGUUUUCGCUUCAGAAGUCCACCAACCAUUACUUGGUAGGGUAGCUAACCAGUUCUUGAUUUAAUCACUCCUGGAGUUCAGCCGGCACCUAUUUCUCUCUGCACACAGACUUCUUCCCCCUUUAGAAAAUUCCAUACGUCUACUUUUUCCAUCAUGAUACUCCUUUUGUUUGAAAACAGAUUCUGUUAAAAGCCCACGGUUAAAGAUGUGAUAUUUAAAAUGUCCUAAAUUAAACCUCACGUGGGCUUUAAAUUGUACAAUGGAGAUCGAAGUCUUUUGCCGAAGAACUGUUCUGAAGGAAGUUUGCUCGUUGAUUUUGUGGUGUGUUUCUGUAGGCAAACAAUAGCUUGAUCUUGCCUGUCAACCUUACUGGACAAAUAUCUUGAUUUGAAGGUUUUGAUGAACCGUUCAACUUGGACAUUCGUCUUCGGAUGAUACGGUGUACUGCAGACAUGUUUUAUUGCGUUAUCCUUGCAAAACUUCUCAAAGACCUUUGCAGUAAACUGCGUCCCAUUGUCCAUGACAAUCAUCCUAGGAACUCCAUAGCGAGAAAACCAUUCCCAUAACUUGUUUAUCAUACUGGCAGCUUUAAUCCAUCUAACCAUUGAUAUCUCUGGCCAUUUAUAAAAUGCAUCUACACCAACUAACCAAUCCCACCCAUCAAAUGGCCUAGCAUAAUCCAAGUGUAUACUUUCCCAAGGACCAUCUGGUACAAUCCACGAGUACUGAGGUACCUCUGGUUCCCUUGGACGGUUCAUCUGACACCCAUUGCAAGUCUUCACAUACUCUUCUAUAUCUUCGUCAAUCUUGCACAACCACACAUAGUACCUUGACAGACUCCUCAUAGCUUUAAUUCCGGGAUGUCCUUGAUGAAAUACACGUAGAGUUUUCUUUUGAAGGAUCUGUGGAACUACUAUCCUAUUUCCCCACAUCAGAAUUCCUUUCACAGAAGAAAGUUCUUCUCGUCUGUGAAAAAAAGGAGACAAAGACAAAAGAUCAUUAGGCAACUUUUAUGGCCAUUGUGAUUCCAUAAAAACAUCAUCACACACCUGCAAGUUUCAUCUUUUCUAGUUUCUUCUUGCAGUUCCUUUGUUGUCAGAGCCAUAUCAUCUAUCUUUUCCUGAACCAGUAGUUUUGCAGACAACUCUUCUCUUGAUGGUUGGUCACACUUGCUGGACAGUCUAGAGAGUGCAUCCACCAACACAUUGUUCCUACCUUCUAUAUACUUUAUAUCGAAGUCAUAUUUGUUAAAGAAAAUAGCCCAUCGAACCAACCUGUUAACCUGUCUUGGUCAAAUCCAGAUGUUUACCAAAAAUUCUUUCUAAAGGCUUGUGGUCACUACUUAAGGUAAAAUGUCUGCCAUAAAGAUACUGGUGGAAUUUGAUCACUCCAAACACACAAGCAAGUGCUUCCCUGUCAAUUGAUGAGUAUCGCUUUUCCGAUUCCUGCAAAGUUCGCGAAGCAAAGGCAACUGGUCUUUCUACAUAUAGAGAACCGACAGCAUUGCUUCGGAUUCUGCGGAUGGACAUCAAAACAUCAGACUGAAUAACUGGUUUAAAAUUAAACUCUUCUCAGGUGCGGGGUUGGACAGUUAACUAGCUCAUUUAAGUAACUGUCAACUUGAAAACUGUCUCAUUGAAAAUAUCACAUUUAUUCCCUAUUUAAAUAGAAUUAGUUUAACGAUUACUGUACUUAGGUUUGCUGCAACAGAGGGAGGGUAAUAGAGUGGUUUUUUUAUGUUAAUAUCUUAGUAAGUAAUAAAUGCAUCCUCCAAAUUUGAUCAAAGUAUGUUCAUAAACAAGCAAACUAUUGUUUAGUGUUAAUCAAUGAUGUAGAAGUUAAUGUGUCAUCUGGAAUUUUCAUGUAUGCAGACGACGCCACAUUGAUCGCUAGAAACAAAAUAAAAAAAUUGGCCGAUGUUGACAUCCAGGAAAAUUAAAACAAGGUUAGUGGCUGGCUGGAUGCAAACAAUUUGAUUUUGAAUAGAGAAAAAAAAUCACCACUGAUUUUUGGCCUGAGGGGUCUGACCGGGGAAGAGGGGGGCAUUUCAACCAAGCUCCUUGGUGUUCGGCUGGAUCCUACUCAUUCUUGGUUGGAUCAUUCAUCUCCGAAGUAAGCAUGAGAUUGGCUUGUGAGGUUUUUGCUCUAAGACGACUCUGUGGUGUCGUGACAUAAAAUGCUAGUUAGAAUAGCCCAUUUUGGAUUAUUUAUGGUUUGAUCGUCUGGGGCAGUGCCUCGGCAUCAAAAGAUGAUUUUAUACAAAAACAUGCUGUCCGAAACAUUGCAGGAGUUCAUUAUAAAACUUUUGUUCAUUUUAAAAUUUUAACUCUACACUGCCUUUGUUCUACAAAACUUGAUAGCCUAUUCAUUAAAAAUCAACCAGAUUUGAUGCAUAAUAAUGGCGUACACUCUUACAACACUAGAAUAAAAUACGACUUACAAUUGCCUUAUGUUAGGCUAAGGCUAAGUAAAUCAAUGAAAAAACCAUCUGUACUAGCCAUUAGAUUAUUUAAUGAGCUAUUUACCCCUUCUUAUUAGGGACAUGAACAUUAAAUACUGUAAUAAAUUUAAAACUGUUGUAACCAGGUUCUUGCUUGCAAAAGCAUUUUAUUUAAUUGAUGAAUAUUUGAUAGGAAAAUGGACUUACAAUGAUUUUGUUUGAAGAUAGGCGAGCCCUAUGUUCAUUUUUGCUAUUGUAUAAAUUAAAUUAAAUAUUGUAAACUGACAUAUCCAAUGUAUCCAAAAGAAUAUAUAAUGGAAAUAAAGAUUUUUUCUUAUCUAA